AUGGCAAGCUGGCUGAAGCUCGGUGGUAAGCGGCCUACGCUGCUGUUGCGAUGCUGCGUGCUGAUCGCAGCCGAGCUGGCGGUGAAUGCGUUGCUGUGGAUCGUAGCGGCGAUCGUCUUUCGCCAACGCCCUCGCUUUCUGACGCUGUGCCUGUUGGCGUGGACACUGGGUUUGCGACAUGGACUCGAUGCGGACCACAUCUCGGUGAUCGACAAUGCGACGCGACGGAUCGUCUCGCUUAGCCAUGCCGACUCUCUGCGGCCUCGACGUCCGGUGACGUGUGGACUUUGGUUCUCGCUGGGCCACUCGACGAUUGUAGUGGCGGUGAUCUGCGCAAUUGCGAUCAGCUUGGGCAUUGUCGAUCGGCUUGGAAAGGUCAGUUCGGUGGGCGGCGUGAUUGGCGCAGCUGUGUCUGGCUCGACGUUGUUUCUGUUUGCGGUGGUUAACUCGGUGCUGCUGUACCAAAGCAUUGCCGCAUCGCGCAGGCAACGCAGCGCAUCCUCUCGCAACACACAGCAAGCAUCGACACCCAACGCAAGCCCCACCGACGAAGAAAAGCUGCCGACCAAGGCAAUGGAUGCGGACGAGGAGCCAAGGGACGACGGCAAGGCGGCCGACCACCGAUUCCGAGGCAUCUUUACGCGCAUCGCCUAUCCUCUGUUCCGACUGGUGGAUCGACCGUACAAGCUGUAUCCGGUGGGCGUGCUGUUUGGACUGGGCUUCGACACGGCGUCCUCGAUCGCGCUCUUGGGCAUUGCCGGCGCGACGAAUACGCAGGUGCAGGAUACCGAUCUGGGUUCGGGGGACAACAUUCUCCCUGCAAGUGCGACGCGACGAUCGGAUGCUUCGAUUGUGCUUCUUGCGCUGCUGUUUACGGCAGGUAUGACGCUGGUGGACAGUCUGGAUUCGGUGCUGAUGAUCAACGCAUAUGCACCGGGCGAGCUGCUCGCACCUCGAUCCGAGCAUGAUUCGGGUGGAUGGAGAUGGUGGAAGAGAGCUCGCUUCCUCGAAGAUGCGUCUCAGGUCACUGGAGACAAGAGCAACGUCACGACGAGCAAGGUGGAUGCCGAGGAUGACUUGGAUGCGACUUCGGAACGCGGCACCGGAUCGAUGCUGUCGCAGCUGUUGACGCUGCUGUCGAUUUUGCUGGCGUUUGCGAUUUCGAUCAUCACGCUCAUGGGACUGAUCGGGGAGAACUGCGAUCGUUGCGCGAGGGCGGCGGCGAAGCAGGACGACACGCACGACGGCGGUUUGGAAGGACGAUGGUGGCUCUUUUGGCAGCAGGCCAACGAUGCGUCGGGCAUCAUUGGCGCGUGCAUCGUGGGUGGCUUUGCGGCGAUUCUCAUCGUGUGGUACGCUGGCAGGGCCAUCUUACGUCGCCACGCACGCCGCCACGCCCAAGCGCCGCCGCAAUGA